CGGGGGACAGUCAAGGGCGCUUGCGCGGGCCUGACUUACUAUGGCGGCUCGCUUUGGCGCUGUGACCUCCUUGCGGAGCGUUCGGUGGUCCGGUGCCGUGCCGCUUGCGGCCGGACGGGACCCGCUAGUUGCCUGUCGGCGAUGGGCGGGCUCCUCGACGGACACUGUGUACGAUGUGGUGGUCUCAGGAGGAGGCCUGGUGGGCGCUGCCAUGGCUUGCGCCUUGGGGCAUGAUAUUCACUUUCAUGACAAGAAAAUCCUGUUGCUGGAAGCGGGUUCAAAGAAAGUCCUGGGGAACUUGUCAGACACAUACAGCAACAGAGUCAGCUCCAUUUCCCCUGGCUCUGCCACCCUUCUCAGUAGUUUUGGUGCAUGGGACCACAUCUGCAAUAUGCGGUGCAAAGCCUUCCGUCGGAUGCAGGUGUGGGACUCCUGCUCAGAGGCCUUGAUAAUGUUCGAUAAGGAUGACUUAGAUGACAUGGGCUAUAUAGUGGAAAAUGACGUUAUCAUGCACGCCCUGACUAAACAGCUGGAGGCUGUGGCAGACCGCGUGAGGGUUCUCUACAGGAGCAAAGCUGUUGACUAUGCCUGGCCUCUUCCAUUUUCCAUGGCAGACUCCAGCCCUUGGGUCCAUAUUACCCUAGGUGAUGGCAGUACCCUCCAGACCAAACUGUUGAUUGGAGCUGAUGGGCACAACUCAGGAGUAAGGCAAGCUGCUGGGAUCCAGAAUGUCAGCUGGAACUAUGACCAGUCUGCUGUGGUGGCCACUCUCCAUUUAUCAGAGGCCACAGAAAACAAUGUAGCCUGGCAGAGAUUUCUUCCCUCUGGGCCUAUUGCCCUGCUCCCGCUGUCAGAUACCUUGAGUUCCUUGGUUUGGUCCACAUCACAUGACCAUGCAGCAGAGCUGGUCAGCAUGGAUGAGGAAGAGUUUGUGGAUGCCAUCAACUCUGCCUUUUGGAGUGAUGCUAACCACACAGACUUCAUCGACUCGGCUAGCACCAUGUUGCGCUAUGCUGUCUCCUUGCUGAAGCCCACUAGGGUCUCAGCUCGUCAAUUGCCCCCAAGUGUAGCCAAGGUGGAUGCUAAAAGCAGAGCCCUCUUUCCUCUGGGGCUGGGACAUGCUGCUGAGUACGUCCGGCCUCGUGUGGCACUCAUUGGUGACGCAGCCCACAGAGUCCACCCACUUGCAGGACAAGGUGUCAACAUGGGCUUCGGGGAUAUUUCCAGCUUGGUUCGUCAUCUCAGCACAGCAGCCUUCAAUGGGAAGGACUUAGGCUCCAUGAGCCACCUCACAGUUUAUGAAACAGACAGACAGCGGCAUAAUACUGCUCUUCUGGCUGCUACUGACUUACUGAAAAGGCUCUAUUCUACCAGGGCCACUCCGCUGGUGUUGCUCAGGACAUGGGGCCUGCAGGCAACUAAUGCGGUAUCUCCUCUCAAAGAAAUGUCUCCUAUGGGCUCAUGUGUUGAAGGCUUGGUCUCCAGACAGUGGAGUCUGCAGUCACUGUGAGGUGUCUAGACCUCAGUGAGAGAGAAAACCUCAGAAGUUCCAUGAGAGCAAGAAGUAAAAGGCCCAGACCUGCACCCCAGGAAGACUAGAGCCAGGUAACUCUGGCCCACCAAGUCUGAGCAACUGAAGACAAGUAGCACCGGCAGAAACAGCUGUACCUUCUGUGCACAUAUGCAGAUAAGGCUUGGAGUCUCCUCAACACCAAAACAAAACCUGGGGGCUGAAGACAUGCCCCAGUGAAGAGCACUGGCUGCUUGUUUAAAAAUGUUAUUAUUUUAUGUGUGUGAGUGUUUGGUGCAUGUAUAUCUGUGCACUACAUAUGUAUCUGGUGCCUUCAGAGUCCAGAAUCCCCUGGAACUGUUGUUUCAGAGAGUUGUGAGCCACCAUGUGCUGGGAAUUGAACCUGAGUCCUCUGAAAGAGUAGCAAGUGUUCUUGGCCCUGAGCCAUCUCUUCAUUCCCACUUCCUGCUCUUAUAAAGGAUAUGGGUUCAGGUCCCAGGAACCAUGUGAAGGCUCACAACUGCCUGUACCUCUAGUCCCAGGGGAUCUGACUACUUCUGACCUCCAUGGGUACUAGAUGCAUACAUGGUGUACAUACAAACAUGCAGGCAAAACACAUAAAAUACAUACAUAUAUGCAAAUAAAAUUUUUAAAAUCUUAAAAACAUAAAACUAGACAAAAUGAAAAUAAAAAAGGCAGCCAAGUCUCAGAAGUCUUAAAAACAGAUCUGUGGGCUGGAGAGAUGGAUCAGAGGUUAAGAACACUUGCUGUUCUUCCAUAGGUCCUGAGUUCAAUUCCCAGCAACCACAUGGUGGCUCAUAACCAUCUAUAGUAAGAUCUAGUGUGCAGGCAGAAUAUUAUAUAAAUAAUAAAUAUAUAUUUAAAAAAAACAGAUCUGUAACUUUCUUUAACCUCAUCGUUUGUCCGUGGCAGCUCCUCUCCUUAACUUUUGUUCACCAAAUAAAGCCACAGCCACAGCCCACCUG